AUGAUAGACAUGCUCAGCAGUGCAAGUGUCGGUUGUCACAUAGAUGACGUAUGCGUCAAUAACAUCAGUUACGCGGACGACGUGGCGCUGCUGAGUGCGUCUGUCUGUGUGCUGCGAAAGUUGGUCGCAACUUGCGAAGCGUAUGCCCUCUCACAUGGCUUGAUAUACAAUGUUAAAAAGAGUCAAGUCAUGGUCUUUGGGGACGGGAGAAAACAAUAUGACAACAUUCCACCAGUACUUCUCAAUAGCACUGAACUACAGAGAGUUUAUAAAUUCAAAUAUCUAGGUCAUAUGUUGACUCCCGACCUCAGGGAUGAUGAAGACAUUCAGAGGGAGCGGAGGGCGUUGUCAGUCAGAGCGAACAUGCUUGCCCGCAGAUUUGCGCGCUGCACGAGGGAAGUCAAAGUUACCCUGUUUAAAGCUUACUGCUCUUCUUUUUAUACGUGUGCACUGUGGGCAAGAUAUAUUCAAAAAUCUUACAACGCCCUUCGUGUUCAAUACAACAAUGCGUUCAGGAUGCUGAUGGGGCUGCCUCGCUUCUGUAGCGCAUCAGGGAUGUUCGCAGAUGCACGUCUAGACUGCUUUUACGCAAUUAUGAGGAAGAGAUGUGCGUCCUUGGUGCGCAGGGUGCGGGAGAGCAACAACAGCAUCCUGCGCAUGGUGGCGAGCAGGCUGGAUGGCCCAUUUGUCAACCAUUGCUGCACUAUUGCCGGGGGGAUGGUGCAGAAAUGGGCUGAACAAUAA